CAAACGACCCCUUAGCCACAAUAAUUCCCCACCCCCUAAAACAAACACCUAUGUUAUAGAAGAUUCAAACCAAAGUCAAACAUUGUGGUACAUAAAACAAGUGGAUUACCUGGUAUUCCCACUGAAAUCAAACAAGCAGCAAUUGUAAUGACGUCUGCUACUAAUCCAUUGUUCAAUGUUUUCGUGUAUGGCAGCCUUUUACAUGACGACGUCGUUCGUACUCUCCUCAAACGGCUCCCACCUUCUUCACCUGCACUUCUCCACAACUUCCAUAGGUUUAGCAUCAAAGGGUGUGUUUAUCCUGCCAUUCUACCUGUAGAAAACAAGAAAGUUAAUGGGAAGGUUCUUUCAGGAAUCACUGUUCCCGAAUUGGACAUCUUGGAUAAAUUUGAGGACGUUGAGUAUGAAAGGAGAACUGUUGAUGUUUCCCUGACGGACAGUUCCAAUACGUUAAUGGUUCAGGCAUAUGUUUGGGCUGACCGGAGUGACCCAAAUUUGUACGGGGAGUGGGACUUUGAGGAAUGGGAACGGUUGCACAAGCAAAGCUUCCUGAAAAUGACAAUGGAGUUUCUGGAAGAACUGGAGAAACCGACCGAAGUGGCAGCACAUAAAUCCUACUAUAGUCAAGCACGGUUUGAUGUUUUUCAUGACAUCGAGGUACCCCAGCAUCACCCUUCCCUCCACCCAAGAAGUAAAGAAUUAAGCUCAGCAACAUGGAGUUCAGUUUGAACUGCAUAAGUACUGUUAGUCUAUUGCUCCUGUUGCAUUGCAAGCAGUGGUUUCUUUUGCCUUUUCCUUGUGGUAUUACAAGUGACAUUCCUUGAUAUUGUCAGUGUACACCAGAAAUUUCUAAAAGACUUGGUGUUAUCUGUGCCUAUACAGUCUAUACUAAAGAUGUGUCCGAUCGCGUUUAGCAUUU